AUGGUUUCGGAGUGGUGGAAGGGGCUCUCGGUAGAUGGUUACCUCGGGUUCAAGCCGUUUAAGAAGUUAAAGAUUCUGAAGGGUAAUAUUAAAGAAUGGAAGAAAGAAAUCCUAUGCAAAAGACAGUCAGACUCUUUGGCUAUUUUGGAAGAGAUCUUGGCAGUAGAUCUAGCAGUUAAAGAUGGCCUGAUGACAGCAGAAGACUGGAUCCAGAGGUCCAACCUUAUCCACACCUACUCCUCCAUAACUCUUGAAGAUGAAAUCUCCUGGAAGCAGAAAUCGUGGUCCUCUUGGGUAGCGGAAGGCGACAAAAACAUGAAGUAUUUCCAUUACAUAGCAAAUGUUCGGGCGAGGAUUAAUAAAAUCAGAGUUUUAGAAGUCGAUGGGGUUAGAAUUGAAAGUCAGGAUCUUAUUUUCGCAGAAGUAAUCGAAUACUUCAGAAAUCUCCUUUCCAAAGACGACUGGGUCAGACCGAAGCUUGGUAAUCUUCAGUUUCGGCAAAUUCCUGCUGAGGAAGCUAGUGGGUUAGAAUCUCAGAUUACUGUUGCUGAAGUUAAGGAGGCCAUCGGGGCCUUUUCAGGUGACAAAGCCCCUGGUCCAAACGGUUUUCCAAUGCUCUUCUUCCAGUCCUUUUGGGAAGUUCUUUAG